AGUACUUCCUCUUUUAAGUAGAAAAAAAAGUAGUUAUCAUGCACUUCAGUUCUUCUGGUUUUUGUGUUGAUGGUUUAUUUUGCACGGAUCUCAAACUCAAACACAACAUGUCCUGUCUGGCUACAUUUCUCCUGUUCGGUCUUCAGACAAUCUACAGUCUAUGUCAAGCUCAGGAACACAGCUCUCUUCGUUUUGUUGGUAUUGGAGACUGGGGUGGAAUUCCCUUCUCCCCCUACUACACAGCUCAUGAGCAGGGGAUAGCAGAGGAACUUGGUAAAGUGGCCAAAAGUGCAGGAUUGGACUUUGUCUUGAGUUUGGGAGACCACUUUUAUUACAGUGGAGUCAAGGACAUCGAUGAUAUACGCUUUAAGGCAACAUUUGAGCAUGUGUUCUCUCAUCCAGCUCUUAUUGCUGUUCCAUGGUAUUUGGUGGCAGGAAAUCAUGAUCACUUGGGAAACGUGUCCGCUCAGAUCGCCUAUUCAAACAGAUCAGAGAGAUGGCAUUUCCCAGAGCUCUAUUAUGAGCUGCAGUUUAAGGUUCCUCACACAAACGUCUCACUGACAGUCCUGAUGAUAGACACAGUGGUUCUGUGUGGAAAUACUUAUGAUAAUAUCCACCCUAAAAAACCAGAAGAUCCCAGACUUGCAGAACAACAGUUUGAGUGGAUCAAUAAGAGACUUCAAAGCACCAAGUCUGAAUAUGUGGUGGUGGCUGGACACUACCCUGUGUGGUCCAUCGGUCACCAUGGUCCUACACGUUGUCUGGUUGAAAAGCUGAGACCAAUGCUAAAGAAGUACAAUGUCACUUUAUAUCUGAGUGGUCAUGAUCAUAAUUUACAGUUUAUUAGGGAACAGGAUGGAAGUUCAUUUGUUGUCAGUGGGAGCGGGGAUGUACUGAACAACUCCACUCACCACAUUAAGAGCUUCCCAUCAUCUUGGCAAGUGUUUUCCAGUGCAGUAAAUCACACUUUAGGUGGUUUUGCAUACUUUGAGGUAACAGAGAGCAAGAUGUCAAUUAGCUAUCUACAGUUAGAUGGAAAGUGUGUGUAUCAGAUCUCAUUCCCUAAACGCAGCAUAUGAAAAACUAAAGGAGGCUUAAUAAUGAAGUGACUGAAUUAUCUGA